CUUACGCCAUGUCUGAGAGCACCAGCUCUUUAAAAUUAAUAUGUGAGAACUACGAUAGCGACGCUGAGGAGGAAGAUACCAACACUUCGAAUCACUUUGACGACAUAUGUCAUCCUAACGAAAAACUUGAACCGUUACCAUUACCCGAAUCUAUUCGAAAUUUGUUCGUAACGACUGAUGAAGAAGUAAUCGACGAUGCUGAAUUACACAGUGGAAGAAUUAGAUCAUUUCCACAUGAGAGAGGAAACUGGGUCACCAGCGUAUACAUAUCGUAUAAUGAUACGAAACAGCUGAACCGGAUCUGUGAUACGUUAAUCAAUAAUUUCGGUGAAAUAGGCGAUUUCCAUUCGUGUGAUAAUUUUCAUAUUAGCUUAAGCAGAACUGUGAUUUUGAGACAUCACUGGAUCGAUAUUUUUGUCGAUGAUUUACGAAAAGCGUUCAAGAAUGUGAAAAGUUUUUACGUUGAUGUUGGCGAGUUAGCUGUUUUUGUAAACGACGAGAAGACUAGAACUUUCGUCGGAUUGAAGAUCGAACAUGGUUGUAGUGAACUUUUAAAAUGUGUUCAGUUGGUAGAUAAAAGUCUGAUGGAAUUUAAAUUACCAACGUUUUACGAAAUUCUGCAAAAAGAGCAAACAUGAAGAUAAAAAUCUAAAACUCGGUUCACAUGCUAAAGUCAACUUCCCAAAUCGAUUGCCACCAUUUUCCAGCUAAUCUGGAGCCUCCAGCAAAAUUUGACCCUUCUCCAGUAAUUUCAAACUGCCCCAGAAAGAAAUUUAAUCCUAUCAUAAAUUCGACAUUCCGAAUUGAUUGAGGCCGGUGAAUCGCAAAUCCGAGGUGACAAAUUAAUUUUUUUUUUUUAAAUUGGAAAAUCUCAAAAAAUCGCAUAUUGUCAAUUUUGUGACGAAUUUCUCAAAACUUUGUUUAUUUUCUAAAGUUGACCCCCCCCCCCAGUUGAUUACUACCCCCUUUUCGGGCUGAUCCAAAGCCCCUAGAAAAAGUUCAUUUUUCUCCGGAAAUUUUAAAUUGUUCACAAUACUGCCCCAAAAACGACUGGAUAAUUCCAUUCACUCGAAGCUAAUUUUUUUGAUCCUGUAAAGAUGCCCCCUUGAGUCAUACCAUGAUGAGGAGGAGGAGGGAACAUCGGUUGACCUUGGUGGUAGAAGAAGUUUUUAAAAAUUGGUCGCAAAUUGACCAUAUUGAUUUUUUUUGAGAUUUUUCAACUUGUAAAAAAAAUACGAUUUUAAACUGGUCACCUCGGAUUUGCGAUUCAUCAGCUCUAAUUGAUUCAGAAUGUCGAACUUAUUAUAGAAUUGAAUUUUUAGCUGGCGAAGUUGGUUACAACGCCUUCUGGAGCAUUUUAAAAUUGCUGGAGAAAAGUCAGAUUUCGCUGGAGGCUCCAAAUCGACCCGAAAGUGGUGUAAAUAGAUUUUGGGGAUCAACUUCAGGAGGUAGACCAAAUCUUUGAGUAUUUUUUUGCAAAAAUUGACUAUUUUGGAUUUUUUUUCAAAGUUGAAAAUUUUAAAUGAUAAAAAAUACACUUUUUAACUCGUCAUCUUGGAUUUUUGAUUCACUGGUUCUAAUGGAUUCGAAAUGUUAAACUCAUUUUAAGAUUAAAUUUUCAACUGCCAAAAUUAAUUAAAAUGCCUUCUGGAGCAUUUUGAAAAUACUGGAGGCUCCAGAUGGACUUGAAAAUGAUACCAAUCGAUUCGAGAGAUCGACUUUAACCUAUAAACCGAGUUUCAGAUUUUCAUCUCCAUGUUUUCUGUAGAAAAUUAUCAUACAAAAGAAUAUUCCCCCCAUUUUCAAAUAAUCACCAAAAAUCGAAAAAUCAACUUCGUUCGCUGAAAAUUUGGUUCCAAGGUCUGUGUUUGGUUAACGUGCUCUUUAAAUAAGCCGAAAUUUCAGCUCGAUCGGAUCGGAGUUGACGAGUUGUAAAAGUUCCCUCGUUAAUGCAAUAAUACUCAUCAAACAAAACACCUGACUAAUAAAUUUGUCAUU